GGAAAUGCCAAAUCCUCGGCUUUUCCCAGCCCCCUGCCCGUGCUUCCAUCCCCCUGCUCCGCGGCUGUAGCAACUGAGCACGCAAUUCCCAUCCCAGGAAGCUCUGGCAGGGCAGGAUGGCAGCAGGGCACAACCCAAAAGCUGUGGACAAGCACAUCUCCUUUGGGACAACCCAAGACCGGAAAAUGUUCCCCUACUACUUUGCCCCAGACAGGCUGGGAAUCGAGAUGCCAGGGAUGCGGGGAAGCCCUUUCCUGGGGCCAGGCUGUUACCUGGGGCCAGAGUCAAACAUCCUCAAAUCUUCCAUAAGCACCCGACCCAUGAGCAGCAGGGGGUACGUGAUGGGAGCCAGGACAGCCCCGCGCUUCCAGUGGAAGACUCAGACGGUGACGCCUGGCCCUGCUGCGUACCAGCCCUUCCUGGGGGAAGAGAGGAGGUGCCAGCCUGCCCGUGUUCCCUUUUCCUCCAGCAGCCCACGAUUCCCAACCAGGCUUCUGGAUAAGGAUUUGUUCCCUGGGCCUGGAAAUUACAACAUAGAUCAGCCUAUAGGCAGAAAAGUCACUUGGCCGAUGAAGUUUGGGGCUCCAGAUUGGGCUGCAGUGCCAGCACUACCCCGGAGGAUGGUGAAGAUGCAGGUCCAGAAGAUGACUGUGGAUAAAAAUUUCCGGAAAAAUCAGGGCAGAGAGGCCUACCUGAAGUUGUACCAGAGCUGAAGAGCCACAACCUCCUUCCUCUGGAGACACUCACCUGUAC